UACAAAUUAAUUUUAAUUAUUAUAAAUAUCUUAUUGUUUGACAUUCGCGCUCGUUAGUUUCGAAAGUGUUUCGAUUAGAAAAUCGCUCCGUAAUACAUAAACAAAUUACUUUCAAAAAAUACUGAUUGCAUCAUUAUCCAUUGCACUUUUGUGAAUACGCAUUAAACGAUUCAAUAUAUAACUAAUUUCAACUAAUGGGUUCACUUUCCAGCAAAAGAAUACYCUCACCAACUCAAGUGAUGGCUGCUACACAGUUUGUUAAGGAUGCCAUUGCGCACGAUCCUAUUGUUAUAUUCUCGAAAUCAGACUGUGGCUACUGUCAGAUGGCUAAAGAAUGUUUUGACAAACUGAAAGCUACCUACAAAUCGAUUGAUUUAGAUAAGAGAGAAGAUAUGGAUGACAUUCAAGAUGCUUUAGAAGGAAUUACUGGCGCUCGUUCGGUGCCACGUGUAUUUGUGAAUGGUGUAUUUAUUGGUGGUGGCUCAGACGUAAAAAAGAUGUCCCAAAAUGGCAAGUUGGAAGAGCUCCUUAAAAAAUAACCAUUUACUACAACUACAAUGAACAUACUUGAAUUAGAAAUAACUUUUUAGUCCAAAUGAAUAUGUAUACUUUUUUCCAAAAAUGUUUUAUUUCAAAAUACUUCAUUAUAUAUAAAAAAAAAUACUUAAUUAUUAUUUGUACUAGUUUUUUUCAAUUUUAAUAAAUAUUGUCAAGUAUAAAAAAAAAAUGCAUCAAAUUAAUUUAUUAUCAAGUAAUAAUAGUUAAGAUAGAACAUGAAUUAGUCAAUUACAAAGUUUUUAUAACAAAUU